UUCAUUCCGAGAAAAUUAAACUGGCUUCGGCAUACUUCUCUCUCUCUCUCUCACUCAGCAUCAAAUGAAAAUGGCCAAGGCCAAUAUCUCAGUAGAUCAGAACCAGUUCAUGUGUCCAGUGUGUCUGGAUCUCCUGAAGGGUCCGGUGACUAUCCCCUGUGGUCACAGUUUCUGUAAGGUGUGUAUUAAUGGCUGCUGGGAUCAGGAGGAUCAGAAGGGCGUCUACAGCUGUCCUCAGUGCAGAGACACUUUCACGACAAGGCCUGUUCUACGCAGAAACAACAUGCUGGAUGAAAUAGUGGAGAAACUGAAGAAGACUGAAGUCCAAGCUGCUUCUCCUGCUCACUGUUACGCUGGACCUGGAGAUGUGGAGUGUGAUUUCUGCACCGGGAGAAAACACAAAGCCGUCAAGUCCUGUCUGAUGUGUGUGGCUUCAUUUUGUGAAACUCAUCUGAAACCUCACUAUCUGUCUCCUACUUUUAAGAAACACACAUUAACCGAAGCCUCAGCAAAACUCCAAGAGAAGAUCUGCACUGAACAUCAAAAACUGAUGGAGAUCUACUGCCGUACUGAUCAAACCUUCAUCUGUUAUUUGUGUACGAUGGAUAAUCACAAAGGUCACGACACCGUCACAGCCGCAGCACAAAGAGCUGGGAAAGAGAGUGUGUUAAAAGAGGAGCAGAUGAAAUCCCAGCAGAGAAUCCAGGAGAAGCAGAAGAAGCUGCGGGAGCUGAAACAGGCUGUGAACACUAUAAAGUCACGUGCACAGACAGCAGUGGAGGACAAUGAAAUGAUUUUUACUGAGCUGAUCAGUUCCUUGGAGAAUAAACGCUCGGAGGUGACGGGGCUGAUCAGAGAUCAGGAGAAGGCUGAACUGAGUCGAGCUGAACGACUCCUGGAGCAACUGGAGCAGGAGAUUGCUGAUCUUCAGAGGAGAGUCACUGAGCUGGAGCAGCUUUCACACACACAAGAUCACAUCCAUUUCCUCCAGACUUUAGCUUCUGGACGUUGGUCUUGCCCAGUGGAAACACCAAAUUUCCCCACAUCCAACAUCACCGUCAAUCAAGAUCUCACAUUUUUUGGAGCGAGGGAUUCUCUCUCAGAGCUGAAAAAUCGAGUCAUGGAAUUCUGUAAGGAGGAAUUCAACCAAAUCCGUCCACAUGCUGCGGCAGUUCAGCCGAUGAUUUCACCACCACAGCCAGAAAGCAGAGAAGAUUUUCUGAAGUAUUUCUGCUACCUGACUCUGGAUCCAAACACGGCAUAUCGUAACCUCAGACUGUUUCAGAAUUACAGAGUGGUGAAAUACAGUGAGAGAAAGGGGAUGUACGCUUAUCAUCCAGAGAGAUUUGACUGCUACAGUCAGGUGUUGUGUAAGGAGAGUGUGUGUGGACGCUGUUACUGGGAGGUGGAGUGGAGCGGUGAUGGUGGUGUGUUCAUAUCAGUCUCAUAUAAAGACAUCAGCAGGAAAGGACAGGGUGAUGAGUGUGUGUUUGGACGCAACAGUCAGUCCUGGAGUCUGUAUUGUUCUUCUUCUUCUCUCUCAUUCUAUCACAACAACAUUAAAACUGAGCUCAAAGUGCCAUCAACCUCCAGAAUAGGAGUGUAUGUGGAUCACAGUACAGGAACUCUGUCCUUCUACAGCGUCUCGGACACGAUGAGGCCCUUCCACAAACAUUUCACCACAUUCACUCAGCCUCUAUACGCUGGGUUCUGGAUUGGAAUUAAAUCAGUCGUCAGGUUUUGUGAUCCAAAUUAACAAGUCCGUGGUGUUUAAUGAUUAGUAACAGAUGCAUAUUUUUUUCACUGAUCAUUAACUGUGGCAAAAUUUUAACAUUAAAUUAUUAAAACACUGGGUUUAAACUCAGUCUAGGGUUAUUGUUGUAUAGAACUGAAAAAGCACAAGUUUUCUUCAAGACUGAUGUCAGGAAAUGAAAUUGAGUUAAACGUAUCACAAUUUAACUUGUAUAAACACUCACUACGGCAUUACAGCUAUAAUAAUGAUUCUUUUAUAAUUUGGUAACAAUUCUGAGCAGCACCUCUUAAAGCUCGAAUUAUCGACUUUGCAAGUUUCAGUUUUCAUACAACAUGAAGUUCCAUGUUGUGGCUCAGGAACACUUCUGAAAACCAUCGUCUGUGAAAACAGUUCAUCACUGCAUCUACAAACACUGCCACCUUCUCUGGGUCUGAGCCAAGGGAGUAACUUUGAUUUUGACAUUGGUAGGGACACAAAAGUGAUCCAAGGCAGAGCUUCCGAAAGGUGUUUUUUUUCCAUUAGCAAUCAUAAUUUCAUGUCACGCAGAUCUUAUAGGUUAACGUGGGCAGCUGUGGCCUAAUGGUUAGGAAGUUGGUCUUUAGAUCCCAGGGCUGCAGGUUCAAAUCUCUCCCUACAUCUCCAUCCAUGGCUGAAGUGCUCUUGAGCAAGACACCUAACCCAACAUUGCUAGAAUCUGAUGAUUUAUUACUUUUACACCACACAAUUCCUAAUUUGUGUUUAAGCAGUCAUUUUGUGGGCAGCAUGGUGGUGUAGUGGUUAGUGCUGUCGCCUCACAGCAAGAAGGUCCUGGGUUCGAGCCCCGGGGCCGGCGAGGGCCUUUCUGUGUGGAGUUUGCAUGUUGUGCCUGUAUGGGUUUCCUCCGGGUGCUCCGGUUUCCCCCACAGUCCAAAGACAUGCAGGUUAGGUUAACUGGUGACUCUAAGUUGACCGUAGGUGUGAAUGGUUGUCUAUGUAUCAGCCCUGUGAUGACCUGGCAACUUGUCCAGGGUGUACCCCACCUUUCACCCGUAGUCAGCUGGGAUAGGCUCCAGCUUGCCUGCGACCCUGUAGAAGGAUAAAGCGGCUAGAGAUAAUGAGAUGAGAUUAAAUAUUGCUUUUUUUAUUCAAUAUCUGUAUUGUUUGACAUUGGAGGGGGGGGGGUGUCUCAAAAUUCACUGACUGCCUUAUUGAGACACUCAUAAAUAGGUGCUACUGGUGGCAUUUUCUAUUCUGUACUUAAGCUCAAAUUUAGUUAAAAUGAUAUUUGGAUAUAUAAUUUAGUGAUUGCCUAUUAUAGCAUGAUUAUGAUUACAUUAGUAUUGCAUUUGUAGUAUACCCCCCAUUUAUUUGUCUUUUUGUUGCCGCUCCAUUUUCCAUAUUAUGUCUUUUUGUUGCCUGUUUCUGUGUUCGUAACGUGUGUUAUGAUUUUCACUGCAGAUGUUCUUGUGACUUCUUUUAUGUUCAUGCUGCAGUUACCAAUAUUCGCCUGUAGGUGGCAGUAAAGGACUAUGGAUUUGUUGUAUCUAGCCUAGCCUAGUAGUAGUAGAAAGAGGUCUCUGUAAAACGGUGAACACAGCAGACUCAGCAGCAGACUCAGCGGCUGUCACGCUGUUGAUUCUGAAAUGCAAGUCGCACAUCUACAUGGCCAUGCAGUAGCCUACAUCUGACUACUUACAUUCUGUAAAACCAUUAGGUCUAUAAAUUUAACAUUCAUUCAUCGAGGAUAUUAUCUAACACCAAGUUACAUUGCUCCAGCAUUCCUUUUCUCUGCAGCUAUGCAGUAGCCUAGCUCUGAUGCGUCCUGUCACGUUGCUAAACCUGCCUAAGGAGCCGCAGCAAUACUUUUAUGAAGGGUUUCCAUACAUCAAAAGGAUUUUGUUGAGUUUUUAAAGCUCGACGGAAACCCUGCACUUACAUUCUUGACUUUGAAGAAGAAUGAACGAAUGUCUCGUUUCUUGGGAGGGGGGCCGUCAUCCAUGAUACUCAAGUCAGCAUGCAAGUCGUAGGGCAAGUAUGCAUUGACAUCAAAGUCCAGCUCAAUUUGUAGGCUGACGGAGAGUGGGGGGUGCGUGGGGUAGGUCAGGUGUGUACGUGUGAGAUACGGGGGGUUGAUGGGCAGGUAGUCAAGGCUGCUGUGGGAAGUGUGCUGCUUUUACAGCAGAUGGAGUGACAGCUGGGAUAGCCAAUGAUGUAAGUUAGCGAGAAACAGGUAGCUAAUCAGAGAAUGAUAUCUAUGUUAGAGGAGGGAUUAUUAGCAGUGUCAUACAUUUAACCCUUUGUGUGCCAUAUAAUUAUUGCUCAGGUUAGGACAUCGGUUUUAUUGAUCGUGAUUACACAGUAGCGGCUGAAUAUUGGUAGGGACACAUCCCUAGCGUCCCGACCCAAAAUUACGCCCUAGGUCUGAGCUCUUUUACUUUAUUGGACUGAGGCAAAGUGGAAAACUGUCCUCUCGUCUGACAAAGAGAAAUUGGAAAUUCUUUUUGGAAAUCAUGGACACCAUGUCCUACAGGCUAAAGAGGAGAGGGACCAUCCGGCUUGUUAUCAGUGCACAGUUUAAAAGCCAGCAUCUGUGACGGUAUGAGGGGGCAUUAGUGCACAUGGCAUGGGGCGCUUGUACAUCUGGGAAGGCAUCACUAAUGCUGAAUGAGAUAAACACGUCUCAGAGCAACAUGCUGCCAUCAAGAUGACAUCUCUUUCAGGGAAGAUCUUCCUUCUUUCAGCAAGAUAAACCGCAAUCUGCACAUAUUACAACUGCAUGGCUUCAGAGUAAAGGAGUCGGUGCUAAACUGGCCUGCUGCAGUCCAGACCUGUCUCCUACUGAAAACAUCUGGCACAUUAUGAAAUGAAAAACAUGACAAAAGGAGACCCCAAACUGUUGAGCAAAUGAAAUUGUAUAUCAGGGAAGAACGGGACAACAUUUCACUUCCAAAACUACAGCACUUGGUCUCCUCAGUUCCCAAACAUUUACAGAGUGUUGUUCAAAGUAGAGGUGAUGUAACACAGUGGUAAACAUGCUCCUGUUCUUUCUUGAACUUUCUUGAAAUAUGUUGCUGGCAUUGAAUUCAAAAUAAGUGUAUAUUUUUCAAAAAACAAUAAAAUUUCACAGUUUCAACAUU